AUGGGGGCUGGUUCAAAGCAUUGCACGGUUCCAAAGGACAGAUUCCCUUUCUUGCUAAAUGACUUGUCAAAGGCUAUUGAGCCUAAUGCUGGAAAAAAUAUACAAUCUGGCUUUAGAAAGUGUGGAAUUUUUCCACUAAAUAGGGAUCAAGUCUUGGGACGCCUUCCGCAGCAAAAUCUUGACGAGACAAAUGAUGAGAAUCAGAACAUUGAAGAAGGACUUAAUAACUCUUUGGUAAACCUUCUAAGAACAAUGAGAUAUGGCGAUGGUCAAAAUGUGAAGAGUCGACGUCGUAAAAUUCAAGUUCCUGCUGGCAAAAGCGUUACAAGUGCAGAUUUUGAAAGCACGUUGGAUAAAGACGAUCAAGAGGAUACUGAUUUGGAAAGAAGUAUGGAAACCUUAGAUGAAGAUUCAGACCCGGAAAUGAAUUUGCCCCUUAUUAAUUUCAUGCCAAUAAUGGCAAAAGCUCAAGAUCAUUCUUCAAGUGAAGACUCUGACAUGGAAAAAGAUCAAGAUCAUUCUUCAGAUGCAGACUCAGAAAUGGACGCUUCACUACCAAGUUUCACCCGAUAA